GUCACGUGAACAAACGCGGAAGUUGUUGUGAACUUUAGCAUGGCAUGAAUGAACAGUCCCGUGCUGAGGCUGUUUAAUCUACUUUUCCCGUGAUUUUAGUAGCCGUAUUUGCAAUAGGUAAACCAUGACGCAGGCGGAAAAGGACCAAGAAAACGGCAAAGAGAAAGAAAAGGAGCGAGAGAAGGAGAAAGAGAAGGAGCAGCAGCGGGGAGUGAAGAGACCCAUCGCCCCAGCAGCGGUCCCCGAGCUCCCGCAAGAGCAAAUCCAGAGUAACUUUGUGAUUGUGAUCCACCCGGGCUCGCGGACUCUGCGGAUCGGUCGAGCCACUGACACUCUCCCCUCCGUCGUGCCCCAUGUGAUCGCUCGUAGACACAAGCACAGCGAGCAGGUCCACUACGAGGACAACUGGCUGCUCAGAGAUGGACUCAAUAAGCCAGAGAGCAAUGAGCAGAGGCUGAAUGGACUCAAAAUGGUGGACCAGGCCAUAUGGUCCAAGAAGAUGUCCAAUGGAGUGAGGAGGACGCCUGUGUCUGCUGAACAGGCGCGGGCAUACAACUGUCAGGUGUGCCCUGCCGUGCUGGACAGCAGCUCCAGGGUCAAGUGGACCAACACAAGCCAGCAGCCGCAGUACCUGGUGGGGGAAGAGGCGCUGUAUGUAAACCCGUCUGACUGUUACAACGUCCACUGGCCUAUCCGCAGAGGACAGCUCAAUGUUCACUCCGGUCCCGGUGGGUCACUGUCUGCUGUGCUGGCCGACCUCCAGACCAUCUGGAGCCACACCAUUCACAAAAACAUGGACAUACCUCUCAAAGACUUAAAGUAUUACAGAUGCAUUCUGCUGGUCCCUGACAUCUACAAUCGGCAGCACAUAAAAGAGGUGGUGAACAUGCUGCUGCUCCACAUGGGCUUCUCAGGGAUCAUCGUGCACCAGGAGUCGGUGUGUGCCACAUUCGGCAGUGGGCUAAGCAGUGCCUGUGUGGUGGACGUGGGUGACCAGAAGACCAGCCUGUGCUGCGUGGAGGAUGGAGUGUCUCACCGUAACUCAAGGUUGUGUCUGGGGUACGGGGGUGCAGAUGUGACCAGGACUCUGCUCUGGUUGCUGCAGAGGGCAGGCUUUCCUUACAGAGACUGUGAGCUGAGCAGCAGGCUGGACUGUGUGCUCCUGCAGCAGCUUAAGGAGACCUUCUGCCACUUGGACCAGGACAUCUGUGGCCUGAUGGAUCAUGAGUUUCAGACACGGUUUCCUGAGGCGCCAGCUCUGCUCUACCAGAUCCGCCUGGGGGACGAGAAGCUGCAGGCACCCAUGGGUCUGUUUUAUCCCAGCACCUUUGGGAUUGUGGGUCAGAAGAUGACCUCACUACAGCACCGCUCCCAGGGAGACGCUGAGGAUCCCUAUGAUGAGCACUACCUCCUGUCCACUCAGAGCAAACAGGACCAGUCCUCCAAAUCAGCAGCAGACCGUAAGUCCCUCGCUCGGCCUGGGGGAGCAGAGGGAGACAUGAGCAUUCCAGGGGCCAGUGCUGACCAGUCCGAGAUGCCCAGAGCCAGCUCAGCAGGGGCCCUGGGCGAACAGGAGAUGGGCCCCACGCAGGGAGAGAAUCUGCUGGGGAAUACCGACAUGGACGAGCCUGUAUCUGCUCACCUCUCCAGGAAGACAGCCAUCAUCAACCAGUUCGAGAGCAAGGCUUUGGGGCUGGACAAGGCCAUUCUGCACAGCAUCGACUGCUGUGCAUCGGAUGAGACCAAGCGUAAGAUGUACAGCUCCAUCCUGGUGGUGGGAGGAGGCCUGAUGUUCCGAGGAGCUCAGGAGUUUCUGCUGCACCGGAUCAUCAACAAAAUGCCCCCCUCUUUCAGACGUCUGCUCGACUCUGUGGACGUGAUCACCAGGCCCAAGGACAUGGACCCCCGGCUCAUCUCGUGGAAAGGCGGGGCAGUGCUGGCCUGUCUGGACACCACUCAGGAGAUGUGGAUCCACCAGGCUGAGUGGAGGCGUUUUGGGCUCCGGAUGCUGCGUGAAAGAGCCGCCUUCGUCUGGUGAAGUCUGGCCUGUGAACUGGAAGAUGCUCUGUGUAAAUAGUGUACAAAUAUAUGAAUUAAACCACUUUUAGAAUAAUAAAUAUCCUCAGAAAGUAUGUGUGAUGAUGUUGUAUUAUAGUUUCAGAUUUUCUCACUGAUAAAAGUGCAGUUUAGCAGGGAUCCAUGGAGUUUUCAGGCCAAAAUAAGACAAAGGAACUGUAUGUAAAGUUUUGAUUUUCAUGUUCAAAUGAAAUAUAGCUUUUUCUGAUAACUGUUAACUAUUGUGAUACCACGUGAGAGGCGUGGCUUCUCUGUUUUACCUGUGUGCGAACAUGGCAGCUGAAUAAAAAACUCAAUGCAAUGC